UCGUCAUUCCUGUCUGUGGAUUAGAGAACUACCGGUUUCACCUCUCAUUGAUACCCAACUGACUCACACAAUGGCCACGAAGUCCGAGCCAGUACUGCCGGAUCCCACCGCGGACCUAUACUGGUCGGAUUUCAAAGGAUCCAUCUUCGAUAUCUUUGGACGAAAUGCCCAAGGACAGUACGCAGAGCGGACAUGUGUGGUUGAAACGGCGUCAAGUUCCUCGCCACAGCGUGAAUUCACAUACAAGCAGAUUUAUAGAGCGUCUGCGAUACUAGCUACUCACUUUGUCGAACGUGGCAUACAACGAGGAGAUGUGGUCAUGAUCUUUGCUCACCGAGGUGUUGACCUGGUUGUUGCAAUCAUGGCUGCUUUGGCUGCGGGAGCCACGUUCUCCGUUCUAGAUCCUCUAUACCCUCCCGAUCGCCAGUGCAUAUACCUAGAAGUCUCCCAACCGCGAGCCCUGGUGGUUAUCGACAAAGCCACCCAAGAAGCAGGGCCCCUGUCUGAGCAAGUUCGCUCAUAUAUAUCAGAACACCUAGAUCUGCGCACGGAAGUUCCUGGCCUACGGCUCGCUGAUGAUGGAGCACUGGUAGGGGGUCAGGUCAAUGGGCAAGACUGUCUAGAUGAACAGCAGAAACUGGACACGUUCACACCCGUUGUUGUCGGCCCAGACUCGACGCCGACACUGUCUUUUACUUCUGGCUCUGAAGGGCGUCCGAAGGGCGUCAGAGGACGGCACUUCUCGCUGACACAUUACUUUCCGUGGAUGGCUGAGAGGUUCGGGCUAUCAGACAAUGACAGGUUUACAAUGCUCUCGGGUAUAGCUCAUGAUCCAAUCCAGCGGGACAUAUUCACGCCCCUUUUUCUCGGAGCACAAUUGCUUGUUCCAAGCAAAGAAGACAUCCAGCAUGAGAAGCUGGCUGAAUGGAUGCGGAAGUACAAGCCGACUGUCACCCACCUGACUCCUGCCAUGGGUCAGAUUCUCGUCGGAGGCGCAGCUGCGAUCUUCGAAAGUCUGCAUCACUCGUUCUUUGUGGGGGAUCUUCUCAUCAAGCGGGACUGUAGAAGGUUGCAGGAACUAGCUCCAAAUGUUCGGAUUGUGAACAUGUACGGAACUACUGAAACCCAGCGAGCGGUAAGUUACUACGAGCUUCCUAGCCGUAAUGAUUCACCCGAUUUCUUGGACACUAUGCCCGAAGUCAUUCCCGCGGGACGAGGUAUGAACAACGUCCAACUCCUCGUAGUCGAUCGGGAAGAUCGAACCAAAAUAUGCAAGGUGGGACAAAGUGGCGAAAUAUACGUUCGUGCAGGAGGUCUAGCAGAAGAAUAUCUAGGGCUUCCAGAUCUCACAUCUGAGAAGUUUGUCAAGAACUGGUUUGUCGAUAACGAGAAAUGGGUUAAGGAGGAUAACGCCAAAGCAGCCGAUAGCCCUACCCCCUGGCGGGAGUACUGGAAGGGCCCACGAGACAGGUUGUACCGGUCUGGUGACCUGGGAUACUACGACGAACAUGGAAAUGUGCACUGCUCAGGACGGGUUGAUUCCCAGGUCAAAAUUCGCGGUUUCCGGAUCGAAUUGGGAGAAAUAGAUUCUCACCUAGCUGCUCACCCGUUGGUCCGUGAAAACGUUACGCUACUCAAGCGUGACGCUUACGAAGAACCAACGCUCGUCAGCUACAUCGUUCCUGAGAUGAAGCGAUGGUAUCAAUGGCUGGAGGACCAUGGAAGGAUUGACGACUCGACCGAUACCAGCAUGGUAGGCAUGUUGAAGCGCUUCAAAUUUCUGCGAGACGACGUAAGAGAGCACCUGAAGAAGAAGCUACCGGCCUAUGCUGUUCCGUCCGUCUUAGUCCCGCUCAGCCGUUUCCCUCUGAACCCUAAUGGGAAGAUUGACCGUCCCGCGUUACCUUUCCCCGAGCCAGGACAAUUGGCCGCUGCCGGUGCUCGAAGGCCUUCACAAUUAGGCAAAGCGCUCACGCCAACAGAAAAGGCCGUCGCCGAAAUCUGGGCCAACUUGAUCCGGGGAGUGAAUCCGGAAAGCAUUGGCGGAAGUGACUCUUUCUUCGACCUUGGCGGCCAUAGUAUUAUUGCCCAACAAAUGCUUAUGGCUGUAAGGAAGAAGUGGAGGGAUAUCGAUGUCCCGAUGUCCACCAUUUUUCAAUACCCAACGCUUCGUGGCUUCUCAGCGAAUGUAGACCAAGCCUUGGAUCCUGUCGGUCUUCGACUUGACGUCGGUGAGGCGGUUGAUGACGACCCAGAGGACGAAGAUUACUCGGCCGACGCGAGAGAUCUCAGCAAGCAAUUGAUCGAGAAAUUCGAAGCCCGCAACCUAGAUCCCACGCAAGAGCAUACUGUAUUCCUGACUGGAGCUACAGGCUUCUUAGGGGCUUUCAUCCUUCAAGAUCUGCUGUCUAGGAAGUCUCCAACCAUCAAAGUCGUCGCGCUUGUGCGAGCAAAAGACGGAGAGGCAGCGCUCAGCAGAGUUACGGAUAUCUGCCAAGCUUACGGUAUAUGGGACGUCUGGAGUAACAACUGGAAGUCUCGAUUGGAGUGCCUGCCUGGUGAUCUGGAGAAACCUAACUUCGGGCUGGCCCCCGACGUCUGGAAUCGACUCGCAGAUGCCGUGGAUGUGGUCAUCCACAAUGGAGCGCUAGUUCAUUGGGUUCUCCCCUACUCGCGGUUGCGCUCCCCGAACGUUCUCAGCACCAUGACCAUUCUCUCCUUGUGUGCGACAGGAAAGGCUAAACAGCUUGGUUUCGUCAGCUCGACGUCUGUCCUUGACAAUGAGCACUAUAUCAAGGUGUCGGAGCAAAGCAUUGCCGAAGGCGGUGCCGGAGUCAGCGAAGCUGAUGAUUUAGAGGGAUCGAGGAAGGGUCUCGGAUCCGGUUACGGCCAGAGCAAGUGGGCUGCCGAAUAUCUCGUCCGUGCUGCUGGAAAGAGAGGCUUGAAGGGGUGCAUUAUCAGGCCAGGUUAUGUGACUGGCGAUCCGGAGAAAGGAACUACCAAUACGGACGAUUUCCUGGUCCGCAUGCUGAAAGGCAGCAUCCAAAUCGGCGUAUCCAUUGAUAUGAAUAAUACCGUCAACAUGGUUCCUGUCACGCACGUCGCUCGCGUGGUCGUGGCGACCUCCUUCUACCCGCCUAUAGAGCCCCUUGGCGUUGCCCAAGUCACUUCACAUCCCCGUCUCACGUUCAAUCAGUUUACCGUAGCACUAGCUGCCUACGGGGUGAAGAAAGUACCAUACAAGGAAUGGAAGCAGAAGUUAGACGACUACAUUCGAGACGGCAAGGAGGAGCAUGCUCUGUUACCUCUCUACCAUUUCGUCACCGGCGAUCUACCAAGCGAUACCCGCGCCCCGGAGCUUGACGACGCCAACGCAGCGAAGGCGCUUACUCUAGAUGCCAAGUGGACCGGUCAAGAUGUUUCAAAGGGAGCAGCGGUGGAGCUGCAGACGGUAAAGCUUUAUCUUGCGUUCUUGGUUGAGGUGGGCUUCUUGCCGCAGUCGACGCAGGGCAAUCUGCCGUUGGUGAGAUUGGGCGAGACGCAGAAGAGGUUGCUUGCCAAGUUGGGAGGAAGGAGUGGGAAGUAGCGGGCUCGGCGGUAGACAGUGUCCACUAGCGGAGCUUUAAGAGGAGCUUUGCUUGUCUGUGCUAUAGAAACGGUGGCCUAAAAGAAGGUGGAAUUGUAAAGACUCACGCGGUAGACCAAAAGUAUCCUUGCCAUCUGCAAAUGAAGAAAGCAACCAGCUGAGACGUCUGCUGCACUACAUUUUCUUAUAGUUCAGAUCGCGAACCCAAUACCGACCGCACAUCUAAAAGCCGCC